GUAGAAGACAUCUUUAGUUGCUUAACAGUGAAACGAUAGCAAAGAAUUGUGAUUGAACCAUCAUUUUCUCAUUGUUGUUUAACCUAUGUAAUCUCGGGGUCGUUUACUACAAAUGGAGCUUAAGAUAUAGAACUUGUAUUAUUAAGAUAUUACUGAAACAGAGAAACAAAGAGACAACCCAUUCUUAAGAGACAACAAGUUGUUCCUAUGAGUGCUCUUAAGGUGUUGAUUGGUUCUUGCUUGCUUUCUCUAACGCAAAACCUAACUUAAGAAAAGGAAACAAAUCAAAUCACUUUAGAAAGUAGAAUUUUUUUGACAAAAGUUUACGCAUAAAGUUAGGGUUUUGUAUCUUUCUAUUAAAAAGAUUAGGGUUUUAUCUUCUUGUUUUUCUUCCUCAUCUUCGUCUCUAGUGUAGGUCUAAGCAACGCACACGCACACAUAUAGACACACAAAACAAACAAAAAGAGUAAAAAUGGCAGCGACGACUCUUUCCAUUGGAACCACAAUCCGGCCUUCUUCAGGUCUUGCUGCUGCACAUCACUUACCUUCUCGACCCAUUGCAUUACAACUUCCGUUUCGCUUUGGUGUUUCUUCUUCAUCUCAGCCUUAGACGACCAGCCACCGUGCAAUCUACCUCCAACCUAUAUCUGCAGUCAAAGCUCCAAAGAAAAUCAAGAAGAUUGGAUCCGAGAUCUCGUCUUUAACCCUCGAAGAAGCCAGCAUCCUUGUCGACUACGUUCAAGAAAAGUACGGUGUUUCAAUACUCUUUUCAGCGCCUGCUACCCCCGCUACUCCUCCUCCCAUUGACAUUGGGGGAAGUGUGGCUGCGGUGGAUAAGCAGACCAAAUUCGAUGUGGUUAUCAACGAAAUUCCCCCUAGUUCGCCUAUUGCAGUGAUCAAAGCUAUUACGGCUAUGACUAGCUUGUCUUUAAAGGAAUCGAAAAAGCUCAUGGAAGAUUUUCAGAAGAAAGUUAAAGAAGGAAGCGUGACGAAAGAUGAAGCAGAAGAAGCCAAGAAACAGCUCGAAGAAGCUGGCGCUUAUGUUUCCAUUGUUUAACCUUUUAACAGUCUUUAAAACAUCAAAGGUUUAACUACAUACUUCUGUCUAAGUUGAAAGCUCCCAAUAGUCUAAGUUGCUUCCAAAA